GGUACUCUCAAGUACACUGUGGGAUUAAAGUGGCAUGAGCUUAUUGUAAAUCUUUUGUCAAAUACUUAGUAUAUUGAACAUGAUUUCUGAGCUGCAAUUAAUUUGUUGAGGGCACUACAACAAUAUAUAUCUUCAACCUGUGCAAAUUUGUUACCAGCCAGAAUAUUACAGUGAGAUUGGAAUACAUUACAGAUUUAUCUAGAAGUGAUAAUAAGAUUCAUUCAAGAUGAGUGGUCGACUAGCUGGUAAAGUGUGUCUUGUGACUGGAGCUACCAGGGGUAUUGGCAAGGGAAUUGCUCUGCAGCUGGGAGAAGCAGGAGCUACAGUCUACAUCACAGGAAGAACAUUGAAACCAAAGCAAGAUGGAGUCGGAGGGUCAUUGGAAGAAACAGCAAGAGAAAUAGACGACAGAGGAGGCAAAUGUGUUCCAGUCCAGUGUGACCAUUCCAAAGAUGACCAGAUCAAAGCACUUUUCGAAAGGAUAGAGAAAGAACAGAAUGGCCAUCUGGAUGUCCUAGUCAACAAUGCAUACGCUGCAGUUUCUGCUCUUAUGGGCGCAGUGAAUACCCCAUUCUGGGAGCUACCUGAAACCAUUUGGGAUGAUAUCAACAAUGUUGGUCUGAGGAAUCAUUACAUAUGUUCAGUGUAUGCAGCCAAACUGAUGGUUCCAGCCAAACAGGGUCUCAUUGUGAAUAUCUCGUCAGGAGGUGGGCUCAGAUACCUCUUCAACGUCGCCUAUGGGGUUGGGAAAGCUGCGGUUGACAGGUUAGCAACAGAUUGUGCUCAUGAGUUGAAGAAGCAUGGUGUAGCAGCGAUCUCACUCUGGCCUGGUGCAGUCAAAACAGAACAAAUCCUUGAAAAGUUCAAAGAUCCCGACAUGAGCUUUAAAGUUGGAGGAUACGAAGCAAAGCAACGGGACAUCUUCUUGAUGGGAGAGAGCCCAGAGUACGCCGGCAAGUGCGUGGUCAAUCUCGCGGCCGACAAGGACGUCAUAAAGAAGACGGGCCGUGUGCUCCUCACGAUGGAGCUUGCAGAAGAGUACGGUUUCACGGACGUCGACGGCCACAGGCCGAUGAACUACCGUCAGCUGAAGGCGCUGGCCCUGAUGGGUGGACACACUUGGGUUGGAGCUAUGAUCCCUGGCUUCAUCAAGAUUCCCUUCUGGGCCCUGGCCGCCUUUACUCACAAAUUCUAAUCGGUCACAUUUUUCUCUUUCUAAUCAUGAAAAACAUGGAGGAAGAAAGACCAGAGAUAAGUAUGUGCAACUCGUAAUUAUACGUAUUCCUAUACAAUAAUAGGAAAAAAUCCUACAUGCUUGCUAUGCAAUACUGCCAAAGUUGAGUCAUCUUUAUACAUACUUACAACAUUGAAAGUUGUAAAUAAACUUGUGAAUUGAAUCUAUAGAGAAAGUAAAAAGAAUAAAGAACUGACCACUCUCUUAUUGCAGUAAAAAGAUAACAUGUACAUGCAAACAUCUCUAUCACCAGUGCGUUGUUAUGUAAUGAUUAUUAGUGCAAUUCUUGGUUAAAAAAUCUUUGCUAUUGCUGCAAAUAAUGUAGAGAUCACUAAAUACAGAAUGGAUUACUGUAAAUGACUGAAAUCAACGACAUGACGAAUAAUCAGGUAUACAUUUUACUAAUGUAUUCAAAUCUACUAUUUCUUACUACAACCAUUCUUAAUUAUCUUUCCAUCUGUUGGAGCCACAAAGGCAUUAAAUUUGUGUUACAGAAUAUGGGUUAAAUGCCCUUUUUGCUCCAAACAGAUAGUUUUGUUCUUCUUCAUUUCCAUAGAAUUGGUUUGUAUGCAUACUAACCAUGUGUAUUUUCCAGAAAAGAGUAAGAGUAAAGAGGGUCGAGUUAAACAAGGUAUUAUUUAUGUUUUUGAAGUAUUAAUCACCCUAUCUUGGAAUAUAUUUUAAACCAAAAAAAACUAAAUUAUGUAUCUGUAUAAGAUUAAAGUUUAGUAAAUACAGCAUCAUUUGUCUUAAUCUUAUAAUUGACAUCAAAACAGCUUUGUGAAAUAGACAGUGGUCACUCUGAUUUUGAAUAUAAGUGGUCAUCAUUACUUGUUUUUAUUCAAAUUUGUAAUUUACUCUAUGAAACAUUCCUAAAUGUAAUGAGAACAAAUUGUUAUUUUGUUGUACGUUUUAUACCAAAGAAGAAGGGGAUAUUCUUAAAACUAACUGUACAAAUGCCCAAAUGCUUCUCUGGUAUAUUUUGUGUUAAUUCAUGUGCACUAUCCUGUGCAGAUUAGCAAUUAUUGAAUCCAAUGGCCGUAGUAAUGAUAACUACAUUGUAAAGCACCUAUAAACACUGUAUUAAGCACUAUACAAAUGUUACUUUUAUUAUUUUAAGCUGUCACUUCUUAUGACUUUUUAUAAUGGCCAUGCAUGUAUUUCAGCAGUGGCUUAAUUCAUUGAAUCUCUUUGUCAGCCUUUUUUUUUCUUGUGAUGAAAUUGUCUUAUUUAUGUGAGUCAAGAUGCCAAAUUGAAUUGAUACCAAAUACUUAAUGUCUAACAAAACAAUCAUGUAUUCUUCUCUAUACAAAGAUAAGUAAUAUUUCUUGCCUCGCGUAACUAAUGUAGAGUGUAGAUUGCGCUUCCUCUUUUAGUAUAGGAACUUGUAUGUAUGCCUGACGUAAGGACAAGAUGUGUAGUAUACUGCUCAUGAUAUUUGUAAUUACAUAAUUGACUCCCUUUAGAUGGCAUGUUAAUACAAAUGCUGAUCAAAAGUAUGUGCUUCUGUAUACUACGUAGUGCAUGGACAUUUGUACUGUUUAUUAUUUGAAUGAAAAUAAUGAAUAGUUUAAAAAAAAUAUUUACAAUAUAUUGUAAUAUCAAAGUAACAAUUGACACAAUGUUAAUUAUUAUAUUUUUACAUGUACAUGAAUGGCAAGUGGGUGUGUGAAGUAUGCAUCUGCACCUAAAGUGUACUCACUAAUCUCUGUGUCGUUGGAUACAGAAAAAUGAUCAGGCGUAAAUUUGAGAAUAUUUUCACUUAUGUAAGUCUUUUAAGCAAUAAUCACAGUUUUUUCUUAUGUCUGAUUAUCAGGGCCACUGUUCUAAAAGGAAAAACAAAAGUGUUUCAAUUUCAGGGCCUACAAUGCCUGAAAUCAAGUUAUAAUAUAUUUCAAACAAUUGGUUUCCCUUUUUAAAUGUAAUAUUUUGUAGUCUGUUAUUUUUUAAUUACUUUCCAAUGCCCUUAACUUGAAAUCUAAAGCAAAUAGCAAUAUUGAUAAUUUUGGUUCACUAUGCAGUAUAAUUGUACAUUUGUUUAAAGUGUAUUGAUAAUAGUGUUUUUUAAAUGUAGUUGAUUGACUCUGCUGCCAAUUGUGUCUUAUUAGACAAUCAGAUUUAAAUUCUUAACAUUGUAAUUUUAUUCAAAUAUAUGAAAUACAGGUAUAUUGAUUCA